AUGCGGGUCGUGUCGAUGGUGUCGGUCGUGUCGGUCGUGUCGGUCGUGUCGGUCGUGUCGGUCGUGUCGGUCGUGUCGGUCGUGUCGGUCGUGUCGGUCGUGUCGGUCGUGUCGGUCGUGUCGGUCGUGUCGGUCGUGCCGGUCGUGUCGGUCGUGUCGGUCGUGUCGGUCGUGUUAGUUGUAUCGGUUAAGCUGCUCGUAAUCGCCGUUGUCCCUUUUUUUUAA